UAGGCUACUUUGACCAGAAACACCACUUAUCUCCCUCCACAUUAGCAAACGGUUCACUCUCAAGUUGCCCAAAGUGAAGCUUCCGUGCCGUGUCCAUGAUCGUCUCUUCUAUUCACACUAGUAAAUGUAAUGUACAAGAAAGAGCUUAUUAAUUAUUGUUAGUAUUAGUCACUCACUCCCACCAACACCACCACAUCUCUCUCUCUCCAUGGGCAAGAAGGGAGGAGGCUCCUCCUGGUUGACCGCCGUUAAAAGGGCCUUUAGAUCUCCAUCCAAGGACUCUGAAAAGACAAGUACCAGAAGAAGAAACGACCACGACCACGACCACAACCCCAACGCAGUUGAUCAACCACAACCACAACCACAACCACAACCAGAAGAAGAAGAUAAGAAAAGAGAGAAACGAAGAUGGCUUUUCCGGAAGCCCACGAACCACGAACCAGCAACCCAACAAACACCGCCGAAAAUGCCGGCUACCGCUUGCAACGGCGGCGGUGGCGUUUCAGAUGCAGCAGCUGCCGCCACUGCUGAGCAAAGACACGCCAUUGCAGUGGCUGUGGCGAGCGCUGUAGCCGCAGAGGCAGCGGUGGCCACCGCCCAAGCCGCCAUGAAGGUUGCUCGGCUCGCCAGGCCACCACCACCUAAUUAUGCGAAGGAACACUAUGCCGCGACUGUUAUUCAGACAGCAUUCAGAGGAUAUUUGGCAAGGAGAGCUCUUCGUGCGCUAAAAGGGCUAGUAAAGUUGCAAGCCUUAGUGAGAGGUCACAAUGUUCGAAAGCAAGCGAAGAUGACACUCCGAUGUAUGCAAGCUCUGGUUCGAGUGCAGGCCCGGGUACUUGGUCAACGCACACAACGCCAAUCUCCACAAGAUACCAGAAGCAGAAAAUCAACCUUCAGUGACCCAAAUAGCAGCUUAUGGGAAUCCCCAUAUCUUCUUCAACUUCAACCAGAUACUACUACUGCUUCUGAUAGAAAGUCAAUGUCGAAAGAUGGAAGUAGCAGCAUUGCUGAUGACUGGGACGGACGCCCACACACAGUUGAGGAAGUGAAAGCCAUGCUACAGAAUCGAAAGGAAGCUGCUUUGAAGCGUGAAAAAACUUUUUCUCAUGCUCUCUCUCACCAGAUGUGGAGAACUAGGAGGAACCAAUCAUUUGGAAACGAAGACGAGCUUGGAGAGAGACAACCACAAUGGCUGGACAGGUGGAUGGCAGGGAAGCCGUGGGAGGGCAGGGGAAGAGCUUCAACUGAUCAAAGAGACCCUAUUAAAACUGUCGAAAUUGACAAUACCUCACAACCUGACUCAUACUUGGCUCCUAAUUUCCGACGAUCAAAUCAACCCCAAUACCAUCCCCAAAACCACAACCAAAGAUCCACUUCACAAUGCCAUGCGUCUCCUCUGCACCAUCGAGCCCUCCAUGUCUCCCCUGUUACGCCCUCUCCGUCCCAAACAAGGCCUCCCCAAGUCCGCUCUGCAAGCCCCCGCUGUGCUAGAGAAGAACGAAGCUACCAGGCAGCACAGACACCGAGCUUAAGGUCUAAUUACUACUACAACGGUGGUGUUGGCGGCGGUGGUGGUGUGGUUCCAAAUUACAUGGCUGCAACAGAGUCUGCUAAAGCAAGGGCUAGGUCCCAGAGUGCACCGAGGCAGAGGCCAUCGACGCCAGAGAGGGAAAGAUUUGGGACGGUUAAAAAGCGGUUGUCAUACCCGGUUCCGGACCCAUACAACAAUGGAGGAAUUACUGGGUAUGGUGGUUAUGGAGGCUACAAUAAUAAUAAUCUGAGGAGUCCAAGCUUUAAGAGUGUAACUGGGUUUCAUUCCAAUUAUUCAUCUUGCUGUACGGACAGUCUUGGUGGUGAGAUCUCCCCUUCAUCAACCAGUGAUCUUAGGAGGUGGUUGAGAUGAUUUAAACACCAAAUACUAUAUGGAGAAUAGCUUCUCUUCACUUCAGAUAUAGACCAGAGAGUUCAAUCUGGCCUUCUAAAUUGUGUUAAGUAGACACUUUUUAUAAAUUAAAAGCUUAAAUUUUAUCUACCCAUUGACUUAUUAAAUAUUGGGUCAAAAUUUUUACUCAGAUCCAAUAUUGAGUUUGUGAAUGGAUGGACAAAAUCUAAACUUUUAAUUUACAAAAAAAAUGUUGACAUGACACAAUGUGCAAGAUUAAACCAAACCUGUUCAUACCUUAGACGGUAGAGAAGUCGACCUCUAUAUGAUGACCUUCUAGAGCUAUUACAAUUUGUUGGGGCUGCUCUUUUAUUUUCUUUCUUUUAACCCUCCGGAUAAAAAAUUGGGGCAUUGUGGUUGUUGGAAUGAGUGUGUUAGUCAGUUGAAUAUUGAGUAAGUAGUUGGAUUUAUUGACCAUAAAAAGAACAAAAAAGAAUUCUUGUUUAGUAGGAUUGUGUUCUUGUAGCUAUUUUGUUAUGUUGUCGAGUUCAAUAGUUAUCAAUGCAGUCACAUGUAUGUAUCUUGUUUUAAGAGAAUUGUUUUGACCUUUUGAGAGGUUAUUUUGACUGUAUGGUAGAACUAACUUCGUAUAA